AUGAACUUCUGUACUACCAAAAUUGACCUAGACAAACCUUUCGAAGAGGAGCGACUCCCCUGGUACAGUCCUGAUCAAUUCUAUCCGGUUCGCAUUGGAGAGAUUCUCGACUCUAGCUACAAAGUGUUUGGGAAACUUGGGUACGGCGCGUAUCCUACAGUUUGGCUUUGUCGAAGCAUCAGAGACGCUGGCUUUGUUGCGAUUAAGAUCUGCACUCAGGAUAUUAAUCGAUCCGCACGCUUCCAGAGAGAACUCAAGUUCUACGAGCACGUUAGUUCACUCAGCACCAUGCACCUGUGCCUAGUUCACCCUCCGAUGCAUAUGGCUAUUCGAGAGCUCCAAUAUAGAGACUCAUCGCAUCGACCAAAUAAAUUACUCCUGAGGUGGACGCUCUUUAACUUACUCAACGCUCUUUUCUUCUUGCAUGAUGAAGCUAAUGUGGUGCAUACUAGCAUCAACCCAUCCAACAUCAUGUUGACAGUAGAGGACAAAUCUAUCCUUAACGAUUUUGAAAGAGCUGAGAGAGAGGAAUUAUCGCUAACAAAAGUUAUCGACAAUGCCCGCAUCAUCUACGGCUCCCGGAAACUCAGGCUACCUAGUAAUUCCUUAUGGGGUCAACCGGCCCUCUAUGACUUUGGAGAAGCUCGAAUAGAGAGAUCACAUAGAGGUCUCAUCCAACCCGAGCUAUACCGUGCUCCAGAGGUAUCGUUUGAUAUAGAAUGGAGUUCGAGUGUUGAUAUUUGGAACGUUGCCACUUUGAUUUGGGAUUUGUUUGAGAAUCGGCAUUUGUUCAACGCGGUUGAUGAAAGCAUGGAAUCGUUGGCAACCCACCACAUUGCUGAAAUGGUUGCAUAUCUUGGCUUGCCUCUCCUUGAGUACAUGCAAAAAAGCGAGAUUACAAAGAAGGUUUUUGACGAGCAAGGGCGCUGGAAAGGUGGUGGAGGUGUGGUUGUACCGCAGCUUUCUCUUGGAGAAUCAGUAUCUACUCUCGAUAGGGAAUCCAAGGAACAGUUUCUUAAUUUCAUAAGCUCAAUGCUCCAUUAG